AACAACAACAAAACUGUAGAAGGUGCCUCCUCUCACCCGGAAGGCUCCGUGUUGCGUCACUACCUGUGUGAGCGAACUGUUCUGACUGGAGCGGGCCGCGUGGGGGCGCUGUGACAUCACAUCCGGUUGUGACGCAAACAGAGCGGAAGACGUCCUGGAUGAUGGCUGCUCAGGUGUGUUUCCAUGGCAACCGCUCAGUUCUUCAGGUACUUUGGAAGCAGGUGCGCUGCUUUUCCUCCGACGUCUCGGUUGGACACAUUCGACCUCGGAGCGAGCCGGACGGUCACACCCAGGAACACACACACACUUUCACCGGCUUUCCGUUCCCACGCUCUGCCAUCGGAAUGUUCUUUCAGGAGCAGCCUCUGCUCAGGAACCCAUUUACCCAGGAUGCACUGCUCAGAGGAUACCUGCGCAGACACCUACCUCUGCAGGAGGUACAGACGGAUCUGUCUGAAUUCGGCGAGCGUAUUGUGCAGGAGAUUGAUGGUCUGGGGCGCCAGUGUGAGCAGAAUCCCCCCCAGCUGCAGCAGUAUGAUGCGUGGGGUCAGCGUGUUGACCGCAUCAUCACCUGCGAUGCAUGGACACGCUUAAAACACAUCUCUGCACAGGAAGGGCUGGUCGCUGCUGGAUAUGAGCGACACUUCGGCCAGUGGAGUCGGGUGUAUCAGAUGAGUAAGUUGUACCUCUUUGCACCUUCUGGUGGACUCUACACCUGCCCUCUGGCCAUGACUGAUGGAGCCGCUAAAGUCAUAGAGUCUCUGGGCAUGCCUAUUAAGGAGGUGUUUGAGCGUCUGACCACACGUGAUGAAAAACGAUUCUGGACAUCAGGACAGUGGAUGACUGAAAGAAAAGGAGGAUCCGAUGUUGCAAAUGGGACAGAGACCAUUGCCCAGCAACAGGAGGACGGCUCGUACCGGCUGCAUGGCUUUAAGUGGUUCACUUCAGCAACCGACGCUGACAUCACACUGACCCUCGCUCGCAUCGCAGAUCGCCAUGGCAACAUCACACCGGGCACUGUGGGCGUGUCCCUGUUCUGUGCAGAGGUGUGGGACUCUGAGGGCCGGACUAAUGGAGUUGAGAUCCAGAGACUCAAGGACAAACUCGGCACACGACAGAUGCCCACUGCAGAACUGCUGCUGGACGGCAUGAGGGCAAAACUGUUGUCAGAAGAGGGAAGGGGCGUGGCCUCUAUCGCUAACAUGCUGACUCUGACUCGCAUCCACAACACAGUGUCAGCUGUUGCUGCCAUGAGGAGAAUAACCCAGCUGGGCAGGGAGUACUCCACCAAGCGUAAUGUAUUUGGAAAACUGCUGAAGGAUCAUCCACUGCAUGUACAGACACUCAGCAGACUGGAGGUAGAGACUCGGGCUGCAUUUCUGUUGAUGAUGGAAAUUUGUCAACUUUUGGGCCGAGAAGAAACAGGAGCAGCAACAGAACGAGACACACACCUACUGAGACUUCUUACACCUGUAGCUAAACUAUACACUGGCAAACAGGCAGUAUCUGUGGUGUCUGAGGGAUUGGAGUGCUUUGGUGGUCAAGGUUAUAUUGAGGACACAGGUCUGCCUGCCCUGCUACGUGAUGCACAGGUGUUCAGUAUAUGGGAAGGUACCACUAAUGUUCUCUCUCUGGAUGUUCUGCGCUCGAUUUCUAAAUCCUCAGUCCGUGUACUGCAGGCCUUCUUCUCUGAUGUGGAGGAGCGAUUGCAUGGUGCCAGUCCCGCCCUGCUUCCUGCAGUACAGAGCCUGAGCGCAUCUCUCUCCUGUUUAGCCCAGUUCAUCCAAACUGCAGCGACUCAUCCACCUCAAAGCCUUCAGCUUGCAGCAAGAGACCUAGCAUAUAGCAUUGCACGCAUUUACAUGGGAGCUCUGUUAGUGGACCAUGCCUCAUGGGAAGGAGCUUCACCUCCAGAUGUCCAUGCCGCUCUGAGGUGGUGUGAGAAUGAUUUGUGUCCUGUAGUGAGCAGGGAGAUCCGAGGGCACUACAGCACAGACGCUGCACUGACCGACUCUCAGCUCGUUUACCAAGGACUGGAGACACAGGAACCCUGAAAACACACACACUCUCUCACACACACUCAUACACACACACACACACACUCUCUCACACACACUCAUACACACACACACACACCGCAUUACACAAAUCUUAACAGUGAGGUGCAUUGUCACAUUAUAAUGUUAAUGAUGAUGGUAUUAAUGAUAGUAAUAACACUGCAGUUUAGUGUGAGUGAGACAGUGUGAGACAGUGAGAGAUAAUCUGAGACGAGACAGUGUGAGACAGUGAGAGAUCAUCUGAGACGAGUCAGUGUGAGAUAAUCUGAGACGGGUCAGUGUGAGAUAAUCUGAGACAGUGUGAGAUAAUAUGAGAUAAUGAGUCAGUGUGAGACAAUCUGAGACAGUGUGACAUAAUAUGAGAUAAUGAGAAAUUACAGUGUGAGAUAAGGAUUCAAUGAUUCAUAUACACAUUUUUAAAUGUACAAUUACAUUAAUGUUUAUUAGAGAAUCGUGUUGAUUUAUGAGGAUUGUGUUGAUUCAUCCCAUAAUACUCUAGUGUUAUAAUAUUAAUACAGUGUUUUAAUAAACAGUAG